GCGGAGUUUCAUGUUGUACUAGGUACGUGUGCUUCUGCCGGGCUAGUCAGCAAGCUGAAGCUAAAGAAUUGUACUGAACAUCAUGGUACUACUUGAAAAUGACUCGUUUUUGACUGAGCUGACACGGCUGUUCCAGAAAUGCAGGACAUCAGGCAGUGUUGUCAUCACGUUAAAGAAAUAUGAUGGGAGAACCAAACCAGUCCCCAGGAAAGGCCACCCAGAGAAUUAUGAACCAGCAGACAACAAGUGUCUACUCAGAGCAUCAGAUGGCAAGAAGAAAAUCAGCACAGUGGUUAGUAGCAAAGAAGUAAUCAAGUUCCAGAUGGCAUACUCUAACCUCCUGAGAGCACACAUGGACGGGCUCAAGAAGAAAGACAAGAAAAGCAAAAGCAAGAAAACCAAAGCCACCCAAUGAGCAACAGACUUUCAUAGCAUACUGGGGGAACCCAGACUGGCCUGUACCACCUCCAAGGUGCUCCAACUAUCACCUCUACCUCCAUCCUUCCUGAUUCAAUAUGCUCCCUGAAGCCCACCAUCCUCCACCUGGGGACUGCUUUGACAUCAUGCCAUUGUUUACACAGCAAUGUCUCAUCCCUGGCCAGUGAAUGGCAUUGGUCUAUAUAGGGAGGAAGGGAGAGCUGAGGAUGUUUAACACUCAGAGGAUACUACAAGUGAGCCGCCUUUUGAUUCACCCACCACAACUCCCCCAUCUCUGGUGUGGAUCCAAGUUACACAAAGAGCUGCAUUCAUUUAUGGAGUCACCGAAAGGAUGGAGCACGUUGAUGAAAUGCCUUUCAAAUUGUUUUAAUUUGAACUACUAGUCCCUGUCCCUAUUUAUGUUUCAAUUAUCGUUCGGUUUGCAUGCAUCAAUUUGAUUACAUUUUCACCAAAGUUCUGAUUUACUUUCCAAUUGGACCAUGUCUUAUCCAUUUGUGGAUAGAUUAUUACUGUGUACUAUGAGUGAAGCUGCCAUAUGCAUUUGUUAGGAUUGGGGCCGAAUGUUUUUUGUUGCUAUUCAAAUAAUUGUUCUUUUUUUAUGAUGGUAAGAUCCUGAGUUUUGUUUUUGGCUUAAGACAAAAUGAUUAAAUGGGUGAGUUCCUUAUUGGUCCAACUACAUUUUAACGGUAAUGUCUGUCCAUUUAAUGAAGUUGGUAAAUUCAUAGUUGUAAGGCAAGCUGUAAAGAAAGGGUCCUAAAGUUAGCUUACACAUAAGCCCUCUGUGGUACUUAGAAAUGUGUAUUGCUGUAUCACAAAUUAAUUUGUGGGAUGGAUGUGUCAUGAUGGAAUAUUGAGUGAGGGGAAAGUAUUUUGAAACUUCUUAAUGAUUUAGGAUAUUUACUGGCAGCUGAAAGGCAUAUUUGAUUUAUGGAUACAGAGAGAACCUUGUACAUGAUCAUGUUAGUUUUUAAUCAAGUCUGUUUUCCUUACUGGAUGUAUAAUUACUUUCCAAACGCAGAGCUGCCGCUUUUGACAUUCAUCUGCCAUCUUAUGUCACGGUAUCAGAAUGUCAUUGAGAAAUAAUCUGCUUUGUCAAAAAUAAAUUACAAUCUGGCA